GUCGGUCAGACACAUGCUGCGGCAGGAUUCCACUAGGGGAUUCUAGUGCAGACAAUGUUUGCCUAAUUCAUGAACGGAUCAGACGUCGACGAGGAGGGAGUUGAUGAUGCUAGACUAACACGUGCAAGAUCAAGAAGGAUCCUGUACGUGUUCAGGACCCUAGACGAGGGAGAAGAAAGACGGCUUCGUGCCGAACGCAGAGCCCAUGCUUUCACAGCAUCGAGAGCAACAACAAACGUUGCAGCUAGGGAACAGGCUGCAGCAGCAGCCAGGGCAGCAGCCAUGACUUCUUCAGCAACAUCCUCCGACGCAUUUUCUGCUGCGUUCUCGUCUGGACCCCAUUUGGGAAUGCCAACAGGGUCCACGGGCACUUCCAGUUCAUCAGGUUCUAGACAGUCUACAAGUCAAAUGGCGGGUUCACAGUUCAGCCCGUUGACUCCUCGCAAAAGGGAGAUGAGGGAGCUCCAGCAGGUCGAAAGGAUCCGUGCACAAUUAGAGAAGGAACUGAAAGAAGCUACCGAUAGAGAAAGAGAGAUAAAGAAUAGAACAUUCAGGCUUGAAACGUUAGCAACUAACAAGGCUGAGUUAGAGGGCAUGGACGACUCUGGAAUGAAAGAGCCCAUGAAAGUGUUGAGGAACAACAUGCUGUCACCGCAUGCGCAUGUAGACAGCAGGUUGGACUUCAUGCAGAGCACUUUGGACCAGAUCCUGGACAUUUUGACAAGGCCAGGAUUUAGGCCACCAGCACAAUCGUCAUUGCCGUUAUCGGCGAUGUCAGGCCCCUUUCCAUUUCAAGUUGGUACACAUCCUAGUGAUAAGUUUGUCGUGGUCUACCUAGACAACAUUCUCAUCUUUAGUAAGUCUGCCGAGGAGCAUGCACAACAUGUUGAGACGGUACUUUCACUCCUUCGACAGCACAAGUAUAAGGUCAACUUAGAGAAGUGUGAAUUCGGUCGAACUAAGAUACUAUACUUGGGUCAUGAAGUAUCCGCAAAGGGAAUUAGGCCGGAAGAUGCGAAGGUGGCUAGUAUUCGAGACUGGCCACGACCUCAGACAGUCACUGAGGUCAGGUCAUUCUUAGGAAUGUGCGGCUACUAUARAAACUUCGUUAAGAACUAUUCUACAGUCGCCUCUCCUUUGACUGAUCUAACUCGACUUGACACACCGUGGGACUGGAGUGAUGAGUGCGAGGGUGUUUUCAAGAGAGUGAAGCAUGCACUCAUAAAUCAUGAAGUUCUCAUGGUUCCCGAUCCGCAGAAGCCAUUCAUAGUGACCAUUGACGCAAGCCAAUAUGGCACUGGCAUAGUGCUGGCUCAGCAGAAUGGGAUAAAGUUGAGACCGAUUGAGUACAUGAGUAAGAAGAUGCCAUCGAAGAAGUUGGCUAAGUCCACCUACAAAAGGGAACUCUAUGCUCUUUACAAGGCACUUGUCCAUUGGAGACACUUCCUAUUAGGAAGGUUCUUCUACUUGAGGACUGAUCAUCAGACCCUCAAAUGGAUCAAGACUCAACCGGCUCUUUCUGAUGCACUCAAGCGAUGGAUUGAGGUCAUAGAUCAAUAUGACUUCAAGCUUGAGUACCUGAAGGGAGAGUACAACAAGGUUGCAGAUGCGCUAUCACGAAGAAAAGACUACCUAGGUGCGCUAGUUUCUGACUUUGGCGUAUCUAACGAAGUAACUCAAUCAUUGGUGGGAGCCUAUCAGGAAGACCCUGUCACGAUGGACAUCAUGCGCAAACUUCAGGCGAAAGACAAGGCCACAAAAAGUGAGUUUGUGAUGGUGGACGGGUUAAUCUAUCUUGAGAAGGCGGGAAUAAAAAGGUUGGUAGUUCCAUCUAGUGAGAGUUUGCGUAGUUUGUUCUUAGGAGAAUGUCAUGACACAACUGGACACUUUGGCUACAAAAAGACGAGUGCUAACCUAGUACAGCGAUUUUGGUGGCCUGGUAUGCUUGAUAACGCAAAGAAGUACGUAGAGACCUGUCAGAUCUGUCAGCGGGACAAGCCGCGCACUCAAGCACCGCUUGGGUUUCUGAAGCCUUUACCUAUCCUCGCUGGUCCAGGACUGAGUGUAUCCAUGGAUUUCAUGGACACCUUAGUGACCAGCAAGAGCGGCAAGAGAUACAUAUUUGUCAUCAUAGAUCGAUUCUCCAAAUACACUAGACUAGUGGUCAUGCCAGAGACAGUCAGGACUGACUAUGUCAUCAAGCUGUUCAAGGACAACAGGGUGAGGGACUUUGGUUUACCAAAGACUAUCAUCAGUGACAAAGAUGUCCGUUUCACCAGUAAGCUGUGGAAAAAGACUGCAGAACAAAUGGGCAGUCAACUUCAAAUGACUUCAGGAAACCAUCCUGAAGCCAACAGACAGGCCGAGCAAAUCAACAGAGUUGUGCAGCACUUGCUGAGGCACUACAUCAAGCCCAGCCAGGAUGACUAGGAUGAGCAAUUGCCUCUCAUCGCCAGCCUGUACAACAAUGUUGUACACAGCAGCACCGGCGUGAGUCCUAAUCAGCUACACUUGGGAUGGAAGCCUAGAUCAGCACUAGACUUCCUCCUGCCUGAAAACCGAACCGCCGCAACUCCAGGCACACUCGAGUACGGUGUGCAGUAUGAGAAGUUGCUGCAGAAUGUUGUCGAACACAUGAAGAAAGCUCAACAAGCAAUGAUUGCUUCUGAGAAUCAACAUCGUCGACAAUC